GCGAGCAAAAAGGUUGGAAGCGCGAAGAGGUCGUGUGUUUUCCAAAUUUUUUUAAUUUGAGGUCCUUUACAACACAAAAAACGGCGUCUAUUGAUUCUCGUCCUCUUCACAGAGGCUCUCCCAUGGCUUCUCCGCACAGGAAUUCCCCUGUGUCCUUUUCACAUAGUGGGCAUAGCACUGACAGCGACAGCAGCAUUGCCAGCGCACAAUAUCUUUUCACUGAUGUCGCUCACAGCAAGGACCUGGUAACUGCCCUCAGGUUUUUACGUCGAGAUGAAGACUUGUGUGACAUCGUGUUGAGAGUUGGCAGUACUAGUAUUUCAGCUCACAAAGUUGUUUUGGCUGCAAGUAGUCCAUACUUUAAAGCUAUGUUUGCUGGGGGCCUCUCAGAGAGUCGGCAGAGCACUGUGACAUUACAAGAACUUGACGAACGUGCAAUGGAAACCAUGGUAGAUUUUUUCUAUAGUGGUGAAAUUGAGAUUUCAGAGAACAAUGUUCAGGACCUUCUACCAGUGACCUGUGUUCUGCAAGUGCAAUCUGUGCAAGAGGCUUGUUGUGAGUUCCUGAAAAGGCAACUUAGCUCUGAGAACUGCCUUGGUAAGUUAAUUAGCAACACUUGUGCAGUGUACGCAAUGUAUCUAACUUUUCUUGCAAGUUUAUAGUGAUUGAGAAGAAGUUGGUAGACACUAUCAAUUACAAUCAGAAUGUUCAGUGUUGAUAAUAAGAUAUCUCCCAGGAUAAUAAUUAUUGUUAGUAGUUAUUACUUAUCCAGAAGCAAGUAAAGUUGUGUGCAUGUGUAGCCCACAUUAGGGAGCUUAUAAGUAAUAACAAUGGCAACGCAGAGGAAUAUGUCCAGCAAAAAGGUGAAUUCAUUUUAUUGCAUUUUGUCUUUGAAUCUUGCAAUUAUUUUAGUACUACAGUACUGUAGAUCUGUUCUGUGUGCCUAUCAGUCUUGAAACGUGCUAAAGCUAAAAUUGCAACAACAAUUUUCUACUCCAAUAGGAAAUACAAAAAAUUAGCUGUGGUCUUUCAUGUUCUUUAAAAUACCCAGAACAUUGUCAUUUCAUGUUGUUGGUUGCAGGGGAUGGUGAAGAAAUGUACAAAGGUUUAUAAUACAUGUGCACAGCUAUUGUUCUGCUCAUUAAACCUUUUGUUUCAUGACAUUCUUGUUGUUGUUGCUCUUCUGGCUUGCUUAUUUAUAAGCUCCCUUAAUUUACUGUAUAUGAACAAGAGAAUCGCCUCAGUGCUCAU